AUGGAGACCCAACGCGACAACUCAAUUCCAUUUCUAGACGUUCUCAUCACUAAGACACCGUCUGGAUUCCCAUCUCACCAGGUGUACCGAAAACCUACCCACACAGACCGCUACCUCAACUUCCGCUCACACCACCACCCGUCCAUCCACCAAUCAGUCGCCGACACUCUCGUCAGACGAGCCCACCAACUCAGCGACAAGGCACACUUACAUCAAGAACUCAAGCACGUGACCAAUGCACUCACCACCAUCAACCACUACCCCAGAAGAAGGAUCAAGACUCAACCACCCAGCCACCAACCCAGCACCGACAGCACCGAAAACCCAUCCGUAACCAAGCCCGUCGCCACCAUAGUACUACCCUACAUCGGCAAGACUUCACACCGACUACAACGCAUCCUUCACUCUGCCAACAUCCUCGUCAGACACCAAUCCUCUCGAAAACUACACUCCAUCCUUCACUCUCAUAAGGACAAGCACCCAUCCAACAAACAACCAGGCGUCUACAAGAUCCCCUGCGACUGCGGUAAAGUCUACAUUGGGGAAACCGGCCGAGACUUCGACACCAGACUCAAGGAACACAAGACCCACCACCGACGCAGCGACUGGGACCGAUCCGCCAUCGUCAAGCACGCACAACAAGAGAAUCACCGCAUAGAAUGGGAAAGGAGCCACCUAAUCACCAACAUCCGGCACUGGAAUACCAGAAGGGUCAGGGAAGCCAUUGAGAUACAUCAACACAACACUGUGCCUCAAGACCCUGGCCUCCACAUCAACAGCAUCUGGCACCCAAUCCUACGUCACCAUCAAACUUCUAACCAAUCCACAAACAACCAGCCGUCCACCGUCACUCCACCGAGCCCUCCUACCCAACACAGCAGUCUGAUUGCAUCACCAACUCAACCAGGAACUCCGCCGACACACACACCACCGCCACCGACACCUCGCUACAACCUCCGCCGACGACCAACACCUCAUCCGUACACCAGGCCACCCACUCACUCCCGCCGAAGCUCACCCGACGAGUCCGCCGACCAACACGCACAGAACGCCACCAUUGAUGUACACACCGCCGACUCACACACACGCCGCCGUGAGGUGGUUCGUAUCACAGUGCUGUCCGUAGGAUAUACAGCAAUCGAAACAUCCGAUGAUGUACGGUACCAAUGCUACCGCAGUGUACAACAUGCAGAUGCCACAUUGUCGUUUGGACGCUCUGCACCCAUAACAACGAGUAUAUCACCACCACCACACAGAAAUCACCCUGUCCCUAUACAUGCACAUGUACUGAUUGUUUGGUUCUCUGAUUAUGGGGAUUAUUGGCAUACGAACGGGUUUGGUCCCUUCUACUGUGAGGCUGCUACGGCUUGUGGAGAUGUAACAAGGGUCACUACAUUUUUUCAGAGAAGUGAUGCUAAGUUCAUACCAAGUGAGGGGGUGUUUACAAAGACAGUCAGUGUGGAUGACACAGGAGUAGUGAUCUCAAUGACUGAUCGAUACUCACCUGAUACUGAUGGCAGUAUCACAUGGAGGAAAGAUGGUGGUGACGUUCUUACACAAUUUGAGGGACAGUCCAGUAUCAGCUUCCCAAACCCAAUCCGGAUAUCAGACCAAGGGAUUUAUGAGAUCUACUAUGAUGGCGAGAGAGAUCAAAACAGAGGAGGAAUCUACAGACUUAUCGUCAGAGAAUGUCCUGCCGGCAAGUGGGGUCCACCUAAAUGCUAUGGUGUCUGUGAUAACUGCUACAACGGUGGUGUCUGUGAUGAUAAAUCUGGUCUUUGCAUCUGCCCAAACAAUUUCAAAGGAAAGAAUUGUUUAGAAAUUUGCAGGGAUGAUGGAGGAAAUAACUUUGGAAUAAACUGCGAAUCUUAUUGCUCAUAUCGUAACUCGCCAACUCAAUGUCGUGGCUUUUUGUUUUGUCUGCCUGAUCCUUAUGGAUGUUCAUGUGAUGUUGGUUCCCAAGGCCUUUCAUGUGAUAGUGAUUGUCUAGUUGGUACAUAUGGCGUAGGAUGCUCACAGACAUGUCACUGUGCAGAUGAGUCAUCGUGUGACCCUUUUAGUGGAAUAUGUACCACAGGUGGAUGCCAGCCUGGUUGGUCGGGGAACAAUUGUCAAAUUCCUGAUAUCUGUGCAGCCGGUUACUAUGGACCUCAAUGUAUUGAUAAAUGUUAUUGCAUGGAUGAUGCAUCAUGUGAUAAAACAACAGGAGCAUGUCCUCAGGGGAAGUGUGCCUUGGGAUACAGCGUACACGAAGGAAACGAUACUUGUCAAGAGGACGAACCUCCACUGUUUGAAUACUGUCCAAUGAGUGUAACCGUCAUUACGGAUCCUGGCAAAGCGACUGCACUCGUGACUUGGCACGAACCUUCAGUAUCCGACAACUUACCUGAUCCGGUUACUAUUGUGCCCGUCAUAAAUCGAAAUGAUAGCGAAUUCAGUUUAUACCACAGCGGAUCGAUGUUUGAUACCGGGAACGGCAUGGAUUUCGAUAUAGGGAUGUAUAUCGCUAAGUACAACGCAACAGACGGCUCGGAUCAAGAGGUCGACACGUGUUCGUUUGAAAUACACGUCAAAGACACUGAGGAUCCGGUUAUUACUGGUUGCCCGCCAUCCAUGACUGUACCCACGGAGGAUGGGACAAUGUAUGCUACAGUGUCGUGGAAUGCACCAAACGCAACUGAUAAUUCAAAUGAUGUUACACUGACUUUUAACGAGGAACACACCUGGAGUAAUUCUGGCUUGUUCCCCAUCGGGCUCACCCCUCUUUCUUACACAGCCGAAGACCCAUCAGGGAAUAGAGCAACUUGCUCGUUCACUAUAUCCGUUAUAGAUGAUGAGGAACCUGCUAUAAAUGGCUGCCCACCUUCGAUGUCUGUAUCCAUGGAAACGGGUCGAGAUUACGCUACGGUGUCUUGGAUUGCACCAAGUGUAACUGACAAUUCUAAUAGCGUGACAUUGACAUUCAAUGAAGCCAACACCUGGACAAAUCCUGACAACUUUCCUGAAGGAAUCACCUCCCUGUCCUAUACAGCUGAAGAUGCCGCUGGAAAUAAAGCGACUUGCUUGUUCACCAUAUCAGUUUUAGAUAAAGAGGAACCUGUCAUACAUUACUGCCCACCUUCGAUGUCUGUUUCAAUGGAAACAGGUCAGGAUUAUGGUAUGGUAUCUUGGGUUGCACCAAUUGUAACCGACAAUUCUAAUAGAGUGACAAUGACAUUCAAUGAAGCCAACGCCUGGACAAAUCCUGACAACUUUCCUGAAGGAAUCACCUCUCUGUCUUAUACAGCUGAAGAUGAUUCUGGAAAUACAGCCACCUGUAUGUUCAGCAUAGCAGUUAUAGAUAACGAGGAACCUGUUAUUCGUAACUGCCCAUCUUCCAUGUCUGUAUCCAUGGAAACUGGUCGAUAUUACUCUACAGUGUCUUGGAUUGCACCAAUUGUAACGGACAAUUCUAAUAGAGUGACAUUGAUAUUCAAUGAAGCCGACGCCUGGACAAAUCCUGACAACUUUCCUGAAGGAAUCACCUCCCUGUCCUAUACAGCUGAAGAUGCCGCUGGAAAUACAGCUACAUGCAUGUUCACCAUAGCAGUUAUAGAUAACGAGGAACCUGUUAUACGUAACUGCCCACCUUCCAUGUCUGUAUCCAUGGAAACAGGUCGAGAUUACGCUAAGGUGUCUUGGGUUGCACCAAUUGUAACGGACAAUUCUAAUAGAGUGACAAUGACAUUCAAUGAAGCCAACGCCUGGACAAAUCCUGACAAUUUUCCUGAAGGAAUGACCUCACUGUCAUAUACAGCUGAAGAUGCCGCUGGAAAUAAAGCUACCUGUAUGUUCACCAUAGCAGUUUUAGAGGUCACUUCCGCAGGCAAUGUGCUGGGCGUGGGUGGAUUGGUUGGAUUAGCUGUAGGAGCAUUUGUUCUUUUUGUCACAUUUUUACUCUGCUGCAUGAUUGCUUUAAGAACGAACUGCAAGGACAUAAAGGAUGGAGCGUUAAGGAGACGUGACCCAGUUCGUCUUUCAUCAUUUCGUGCAAGACGCGAAGGUGAUGCCAUCAGACAUUCCGACAAUGGCAAUUUCUUACGCCCCUACAUGGUCUCAAGUAACUUCCGGUCAGAAUACAUGUAAUGCUCAAGUGUGGUUAUCGUCUUACGAAAAAAAGUUUUUCUUAAAACUUUUCGUGUCUUCAAAUACCUCCACCGUAACUCCACCUCACACCUUGGUACCUCGCUAUAUUAUCUACCGUACAUGUAUUUUGACGUCAUUGAAAAACAGUUAAAGUGAUUGGUUAACGUUGGUUUGACUUUUAAAAAAUCUGAGCUAGAA